AGUCAAUCCGCCCAUAUCGGUCUCUUCCGUCUGUAUGUGUCAGCCUUUCAGCAGCAGCAUCAUCAACUCUACAUCAAUCCCUGCCCGAGAGAAGGGACAGCCAACAAUCAUCACAGGUAUCCUUGUUUUGGAAAGUGGUGGUGUUAGAAGUCUACAGAGACGAAAUAGAGGACGAGAUCAUGUUUUAGAGACCCCCAUAUUGGCAGCCCAUUCUCUACAAUGAACAAUGAAGAUGAGUUCUAUGAUGCCGUCACAGGCUUGGAUUCAGACGAGUCAUGUGAAGGCACAUCAGAAGCCAGUUUUAAAGAUGCUGUAGUGUAUGACGGCGCUCAGAAGAACAAUGGAGCGGUUCCACAGGAGAACGGAAUUAAGAAGCGCAGGUCGUGUCUUCCUGCCCCCAUGUUCUCCAGAAAUGAUUUUAGUGUAUGGAGCAUUCUCAAGAAAUGCAUUGGACUGGAGCUGUCCAAGAUCACCAUGCCCAUUGUGUUCAACGAGCCCCUGAGCUUUCUACAGAGACUUACUGAGUAUAUGGAGCACACAUACCUCCUCCAGAAAGCCUGCUUACAGAGUGACUCCAUAGAGAGGAUGCAGACUGUAGCGGCCUUUGCUGUGUCUGCGGUCGCUUCUCAGUGGGACAGAACUGGAAAACCUUUCAACCCGCUUUUAGGAGAAACCUAUGAACUCACGCGAGAGGAUCAGGGUUUCAGACUAAUCUCAGAGCAGGUGAGUCACCAUCCGCCCAUCAGUGCGUUUCACACAGAGAGUCUGAUGGGCGACUUUGUUUUCCACGGAUCCAUCUAUCCCAAACUCAAGUUCUGGGGCAAAAGUGUGGAGGCAGAACCCAAAGGGACCAUCACGCUAGAGCUUCACAAGCAUAAAGAGGCAUACACAUGGACGAACCCUUUCUGCUGUGUACACAAUGUCAUUCUGGGUAAACUGUGGAUUGAACAGUACGGCACCGUAGAAAUUAUCAACCACAGCACUGGAGAGAAGUGUGUACUGAACUUUAAACCCUGUGGGAUGUUUGGAAAGGAGCUUCACAGAGUUGAAGGUUACAUCCAGGAUAAGAGUAAGAAGAAGCGCUGUGUGAUCUAUGGCAAGUGGACCGAGUGCAUGUGGAGUGUCGACCCACAGGCGUAUGAGGCCCAUCGAAAGCUCGAGAAGAAAGGCACGACAGACACUAAAAAACAGAAACAGCAGGAGGAGCCAGAGGCUGUCAACGAGGAUGCAGAUGAAAUGCCUGAAGUACAGGAAACUGUGGCAGUGAUUCCUGGUAGCACAUUAUUAUGGAGAAUAUCAUCUAGACCGCCUCUUUCAGCAGAGAUGUAUAACUUCACUAAUUUUGCAAUGGCACUGAAUGAGCUGGAGCCUGGCAUGGAAGGAGUGCUGGCACCAACAGACUGCCGCUUACGGCCUGACAUCAGAGCUAUGGAGAACGGCAACAUGGAUGAAGCAAGUAGAGAAAAAGAGAGACUGGAAGAAAAGCAGAGAGCAGCUCGUAAGGAGAGGGCAAAAAAUGAGGAGGAGUGGUCGACUAGGUGGUUUCAGUUAGGCACAAACCCAUACACCGGAUCACAGGACUGGCUGUACACAGGCGGCUAUUUCGAUAGGAAAUACAGAAACUGUCCUGAUAUCUACUGAUGAAGAGGUACAAGUUCAAAAGGCAGAGGUUUUGCCGUUAUCUUCAGCACUUAUGUUUAUGAUUGUGUCCAUUUGGAAAGCAUCUUCCUUCACAACCCAUCAAUUUCACAAUGGAGGAGAAACACCGGUAGGAGAUUCGAUAUGCCUUUUUCUGCCUUUUAGCAUCCCUUUUUCAGAGCUCCAGCAAGUUCGAAGAUGCUGGGGCUCAAUGUAGACAUAGUUAUAUCACAUGAGCUCACCGACACGUGAGUCAUGUACAGUAGACAUUUAACAUAUGUAAACUAAUUCCGGAUGUGUGCGCACUGAGCCACCUCUGAUCCAGAUGUAUGUAUGUGGUAAUGCAUUAAUGAGACAACGACAGUAAUAAUGUUCAGUGAAUGUUGAUGAUGAUGAAUGGUAAUAAUGUGUAUGUGUGUGCGCUUGUGGAAAUUCAUGUAAAAAGCCAUAGAUUUUUUUUUUAAUUGGCACAACAUUUUGCCGUUUUCUGAAUAAACCUUACAAAAUAUAGACUCAUCAUGCGUUUAAUAUGAUGAAGCGAUUAAAAAACGAUAGCUCCUUUUCACUUACAGAGACUCGUGGGAUGUAAAAUAGGCUGAUUGUACUGACAUUAAUGUUGUUUAAUGAUUACAAACAAGCUGGAGUGCAAAAAAAAAAAAA